AUGGCUCCUCCAAGUAAGCUUCAUAGGGCUGGCAUUCUAGUGACACCCGCGUCCGUGUCGCUUCUCAAUACCUUCAACUCCGGCCUGCUUACCGUGGCUCUGCCUGCGGUAGCCAGGGAGCUCGACAUUGCUCCGAGCGUGCAACUGUGGCCAGCAUCUGUCUAUGCUCUAGGGUUAUCGUGCGGUCUCCCUCCCCUUGGCACCAUCGCCGACGUUGUUGGUAACCGUCCCGUCUUUGUGACGGGCCUGUUAUUAUAUACGGUCUUCGCCUUGGCAGUGUCGCUCAGUCGCACUGGGGGAGAGCUCAUCGCCUUCCGCACGGCUUACCCGCGGGUCGCACCCGCGAUGUUGCUUUUGCGGUCUUUGGUGGUGGUAAUCCAGUUGGCUUCGCCAUGGGGCCCCGUCCUGGGCGGUAUCUUUGUCCAGGCCGCGAGUUGGCGCGCCGGCUACUGGAUGCCCACCAGCGUCAAUGCGGCAUUCAUGAUCCUCGCCUUCUUCUGUCUGCCUAGGCGUCUCCCGGGAUCGGAUCGAGUCCCACUGAAGAGCAUGGUCCACCGUCUUGCCCAUGAGCUAAACUGGGUCGGCGUCGGUUUUGCUAGUGCCUGUUUGGCUCUCAUGUCUUACCUCUUCUCCGAGCUGACAAACGGCGUCGCCAGCUUUAUUCGCCGGCCUCACUCCAUUGCCCUGUCAAUUGUUGCCGGAUUGCUUGUUCCAUUUUACGUCUUCUGUGAGAGUCGUCAGGAGAGACUUGGCCGCCCAGCCGUUCUUCCAAAUAGCAUUUGGCACCGACUCGAGUUUGCAACCGUCUGUCUCUCCCUCUUCCUCACCUGGUCCUGGUUCAACGCCUUUUCAGUCGACACGGGUAUGCUGAGCCUCAUCGGGGGAAUCAUGAGCAUCGCGGCACCUCUUAUCUUUGCCUUACAGGAUGUGUUGUGGAUGUACUGGAAGUCUGCCUUCCCGGCCAUGAUCACCAGCGUCAUCAGCACCGACCUCCUCUUCAACAUCAGCAACCUAAUCAUUACGAAUAACUUCCCGGGCAAGAGCCAAGCUCUCGCAGGUGGCGUCUUUAACACUGUUGCGCAGUCAGGCAACAGCAUCGGCCUGGCUGUCACUGCUAUGAUUGCGGCUUCGGUACAGGAAGCUGCUCCCGAAGUCAUGUCUCAUCUACAAUUCUUUGCGUACGAGGGACAGGGGGUUGAAAAGCAGAAAAGGUACUCCUACAGCCAGGCAGUACGAGUCGGCGAUCGCAUUGAAUGCUCGGGACAAGGUGGUUGGGAUCCGAUCACUGGAGAGUUCGAAAAGGAGAUCAACGCCCAAAUCGAUCUGGCUUUUGAGAAUGUGGAUCGAUGUCUUAAGGACGCUGGUGGCAAAGGAUGGACCCAAGUCUACCGUGUCAACUCAUAUCACGUCCCAAUCAACAAUGAAGCUCUGGAAGCGAUGGUCCGUAACUUUAGGAAGUGGAUGCCGGAUCAUCAACCUCUGUGGACCUGUGUUGGCGUUCCACGUUUGGGAGAAGAUGACAUGCGCGUGGAAAUCGAAGUUGUGGCUCAUGCUGUCUGA